AUGAUGUCUACCCAGAGCGGCACGCACCGUGUAAUCCCAGCUCAAUUGUCUUAUUUUGCCAUCUACAACCCGUCCCUCGGGCCCACCGACGAGACCGUUCGUGAUCAAAUUGUUUUCUACUAUUCUCGAGAGCCUGAAGAGAGACUGGGCCGCCAGCAGCAGGAAGGGGUAGCGGACACAGGGAAACAUCGACAGACUGUAGGACAAGACUAUCUGCACCAUGAAGAAGCAGAACAACAUGAAAGGCUACGGCAAGUUGGCCUGGCCCAGGGAAUGGUGAAUUUUGUGAAAAACUUCUCAGACGGCAAACCAUUAGAAUCUAUAGAGACUGAAAAGGCGCGCGUCGUCCUCAAAGAAGUCGAACCCCAAUGGUGGAUACUUGCUUCGAUUGAUCUCACCCAAUUACCAAUCGCUGCAACGGCCCAGAACACGAGGAAAACGUCGAAUCUGGGCAAGGAUGCAAGAUUGAAUGAGUCCGACGCUGCAGCUCCCGUCGAGUACUCGUCUCGAGAGGUAUCGCCAUCCCACCUACUUCUCGCUCAGCUCGUCCAAGCGUAUCGCGGCUUUCUGUUGCAUCACGCAUCCUCUCUAUCCGAGCUAUGGAAAAAGCAUGAAAACAACAGGCGGCUAUUUUGCUACCAGUUGGACCGAUACUGGACUCGAUUCAUCUGGAAUUGGGAUGUCCUGUUGCAUGGGAAUCCAGCCGCUGAUCUUUACGACGCGGUCAAGCUCUCCGGGGGAGGAGAACUCGGCAUAGGAGUGGGUGAGGAAGAAUGGGGUAGCGGUGAAAGAGAGGUUCUAGAAGGGUUUGUCAGUCGCACUGAGGGCCUUCUAGAUCUCAUCGUUGGGCGCUACGGAGAUGCUCCGGUCGCAGAGCUUGCCGAGAAGCAAGACAAUGAGCCACACGCGACUCUUGCAACCACUGAUUUUGCACCUUGGCUUGGAAAUGAUGAAGACCCAAGAGCUCAAGAUGGGAUCAUAUUUUCCGGAAUGGGCGGUAUUUCGAAGCGCUCGCUAAUCACUGUUUCAAAAUGGAUGGAGUCGAUAUAUAUGCAUGGCGAAGCCGCGUACGGGGUGGGCGAUAAUCCCACGUCUCGAUCGAAGCGUCGAAGGAAAAAGCGGAGCGCAAGGAGUGAUUCCUCCCGGGAUUCAGAUCGGGCUCGCAAACAACAAAGAGAAGAGGUUCAUCCAAAACUUGGCUCGCUCAGAAAUAAGGCACCCGAUCUCAGACGGAAGGCCAUGGAAAACAAUGCAGCCCCCCCGGGUAUACCACCCCCUCUGGUCAGCGCAGUGGAACGCUCUCUCAACGACGCGACCGCUAGAGCCAGAGAGGCUUCGCAGGAAACAAGCCCUCAACCCGCUGAAGGUUCAAGCCAGAAGCAAGCGGAAUCAGGGUCCUUGUUUGGCGCUGACAGCAUGAUGAAGUACCUGAGCCUUGGGUAUGGCUCAAGCUGGACCUUGAACCCGAGAGGAUUCAGUGCCGCAAAAGACUCCGUGGACGCUACCGCUGAUACUAACGAUGCUUCGAAAUCCCCUGAUGAAAGGGGGGCCCAGCUUCAGGAAAUGGAUCCUACUCCUGAAGUCAGCGAUGAAGAGACGCCUUUUCUCCAGAGAUUGGAACAGUCGAUCGGGAAAUUCCUCGUUGGACUCUCAGGAGACCUUGAGAACACUGAGUUUGAAGACGAAGACGAUGGGUCGGCAAGAUCCCCGGAACAGGAUCAUGAUACUGGAACAUUACCUGCGUCACCUUCCAGCAGCAAAUCAAAUCGUAUCUUUCUGCGUACAUUGACAAUAGAGAUGUCUCCCUUCCGACAAACUCAGUUGACAGAUGCAGAAAGGCCUAGCUCACUGCACAACAGCAUGAGCGAUAACCCAGAAUCUGCCGAAGGCAAAACUAGUGCGGCUGCCUCAGUUGACGGUGCUCAGCGGUUGCGUCUUACCCAUGAAAAGGUCCAGGUCGCAGUUUACGUCCACCAACCGUUCAUCUUCGUUUUCUUGUUCCAGCUACGCACCCCGAACCUCACUGUUCCAGGAUUUUAUCGAGCGAUUCAUCAUACACUAGGUCCGCUUCAGAAAAGUCUGUUACGGAGCACCGAUCCUGAAAGAUGGAAGGACCGCGUCAGAGAAGCACUACUGCCCUCCCCGGAUUCUUCGGCAAACGGAACUCCUCAGAGAGAACUCCCCGAGAUUCACGACUUGAUCUACGACCCAGCCAAGAUGACUUUACGCAUAUCUAUACCUAACAUUCCCGUCCCUGGCAGUCUCGCGGCAGAAGGCUUACAUCGUACAUCAGGCGGAUCUGUCACUGUUUCGGGCUCAUGGUACACGCUUGGUAUACCGAUUGGCUCGUCUACGAGCGGUCCUGAGAAAUCCAAGUCGGCACUUGUAAAGAGUGAUUGGACGCGCGUAGAGGCGCUGAAUGUGUAUACGCACAUUUUGAAUCUCUGGGCUGCCACUCGCUCGGUUCAUGGUACCGGUGGUCAGGGUGCCGAUGCCGCUGAUUUGGAGCGGACUGUGAAGACAGCUAGAGGGUGGUGGGUUAUGUGGAUGAAGGUUCGUACUGCCAAUUCAGUGACCCCUGUUGAUGCGGGAACGGACAUGGAGGCGAUGCUGGUGAGGAAAUCGCAAGAUCGCGGCGGAGGCAGAGACACGUCUAGGGCACAAUCGGGAGCCAGUGGGUCAUCAGGGAGGUGGCUUCUCCGUGAACAGCCUCGUGCUCGCGACGUCAGCGGCUCAAGUCAGGAUGGGUAUGGACAGAAUAGCACCGGCAGCGUCGGCGCGACCAACGCAAAGGGUGUAAGUGAAGGUGUCGGUGUUGAUGCGAAGAAAUGGGUAGAAGGAUUGAUCAAGUUGAAUAUGUGA